AUGGGGGGCGUGGGUAGUGACCUACAGACCAUGGGGGGCGUGGGUAGUGACCUACAGACCAUGGGGGGCGUGGGUAGUGACCUACAGACCAUGGGGGGCGUGGGUAGUGACCUACAGACCAUGGGGGGCGUGGGUAGUGACCUACAGACCAUGGGGGGCGUGGGUAGUGACCUACAGACCAUGGGGGGCGUGGGUAGUGACCUACAGACCAUGGGGGGCGUGGGUAGUGACCUACAGACCAUGGGGGGCGUGGGUAGUGACCUACAGACCAUGGGGGGCGUGGGUAGUGACCUACAGACCAUGGGGGGCGUGGGUAGUGACCUACAGACCAUGGGGGGCGUGGGUAGUGACCUACAGACCAUGGGGGGCGUGGGUAUGACCUACAGACCAUGGGGGGCGUAG